CUCUCUCCUCCCCCUAAGAACCCUUCAACAGGUCAGAGCUGGACUCUGGAAGACUCCCACACACUGGCCCAUAGCCCUUUCUGCUACCUGGGGGUCUGCCGAAUGCAGAAAGCAGUAUCUUAUGCAACACUUGAGUUCCAAGUGAACAUGAAUAAAUUCCCAUAUGGCUCCCACUCUGAUGCAUCCAACAAGGACAGCAUCCCUGAGACCACCAGACAAAUGAAAUAUCUGAAGGCAGUCAACAAAUCCAUCAAGAGGGGACAGUCCAAAAAGAAGAGUAAGCUGAUAACUUGGGGAGACAUCAGCACUCUAACUCAUCAAGCUGAGACUUUGGAGAAACAAGAAAACAAUAUCACUGACCCCAAAAUGAUGCUGUUAUGUUUACUGACUGUAUUGCAUGCUAAUUCUCAGCUUGUCAAUGCAGAAUUCAAAUGCUUUUUAUGAAGAUAAAAGCCAUACCUGUAAUAGGAGACAGUAUGAUGCUGUUUUGCCAUGCUAAUGAUUGUUUUUAUCCUUUAGGACCAGUUCUCCAGACAAAAGAUGGUAUACAAAUAUUUGGCACACCAAUGGGGGAUAUUUUGCUUGAACUAACUCAUCAGUUAAAAUGCAAUAAUACAGAUUUUAGCAUAAUUAAGUACUCUUUGGAAAGCUCUGAAAGUGGAAAUUAUAGUCAUAUGAAGAUGAAAAAAGGAAUGCCCGGGAUUUGAUUCAAAAUGGCAGUGGCCAUCUGCACCCAAGGAGUAGCUCUGAGGAAGCUGAGAGACCCAUAGAAGUUCUGAGGGAAGAUGCAAUGGAGGAAGAGGCAGUGGAGGAGGAGUCUGCAGAGCCCACAGUAUCUCUAGAACAACUAAACAAGAGGCAGGUUUUAUGGGAAGAUGCUUUUUAAAAAAUGGUCUCAUAAAAUUGGACAGGAAGAUGGUGGAACAUAGCAGCAUGCAGAAGAGAGUGUAUGAGAGCUUGAAGGAAUGUCAUUGCUGAGUAGGGUUAGUCCUGGGUCUACCGGGAGGUGGAGGCCAGUUGACCCGGCCCUUAGCAUGGAGCCUUGGCUGCCGCAGCUCUUGAUUCUUACCCUGCUCAGGGAAGGAAAUUGUGGGGCCCAGUGCUGCCAUUGGUCAUGGCUGGUGAGCCACUAGAGCUACUGGCAUAGAGGUGUGCAGUGACCUGAAGCUCCCUCAGAUCCUACCCCCAGGUGUGCUGCCCAGCCACAAGAUCACCCUGACGCUGGGCAACAACAGGAUAUCUUGGCCAGAAACCUUGAACCAGACCAAUGACUUGUUUCAAUGAGUAUUUGCAUGUAAAG